AUGGACAACAUCUCGGAGAUUCUACAGACCAUUUAUAUUGGUGCAUUCGUUGCAACUUUCCUUUUCAACACUGGAAGUAUUAUAAAAGCAGUAGACAUCUUUAGCGAAUGUUUGGUGCUCCUUAACGGUAAAGCCUUAGAGACAAUCAAAGAACUUACCACACCACUUCUUAUCUAUGUAUACUCUAAACUUCUUGAUGGCUAUACUCUUGUGUACGAUCACACCCGUGCAAUAGAAUGUGGUAAAAAGCUUCUAGUGACACUACACAGUAGUGGCCAAAAAGAAGUAGAAGGGAUGACAUUACUUAAACUAGCGAACAUCUACUAUCAAAGAAGCAAAUACGAGAAAGCAAAACAGUUUUACGAGAAGGCACUCAGCUUCAUGAUUGAGGCUGAAAAUAAUCGCGGAGUUGGAACAUGUUACGGAAAUCUAGGAAUUGUGUUUCAAUCUGUUGGUCAAUAUACCAAGGCUGAAGAAUACCUUCAAAAAGCACUAGUGAUCAGGAAAGAAAUCGGUGACAAACAAGGAGAAGCAGCAGAUCACGGAAAUCUAGGAACUGUGUUUCUUUCUGUUGGUCAGUAUACCAAGGCUGAAGAAUACCUUGAAAAAGCACUUGUGAUCAGGAAAGAAAUUGGUGACAAAAAAGGCGAAGCAUCUGCUUACGGAAAUCUAGGAACUGUGUUUCAAUCUGUUGGUCAAUAUACCAAGGCUGAAGAAUACCUUCAAAAAGCACUAGUGAUCAGAAAAGAAAUCGGUGACAAACAAGGAGAAGCAGCAGAUUACGGAAAUCUAGGAAUUGUGUUUCUUUCUGUUGGUAAAUAUACCAAGGCUGAAGAAUACCUUCAAAAAGCACUAGUGAUCAGGAAAAUAAUCGGUGACAAACAAGGAGAAGCAUCUGCCUACGGUAAUCUAGGAACUGUGUUUCAAUCUGUUGGUCAAUAUACCAAGGCUGAAGAAUACCUUCAAAAAGCACUUGGGAUCAGGAAAGAAAUCGGUGACAAAGUAGGAGAAGCAUCCGAUUACGGAAAUCUAGGAACUGUGUUUAAAUCUGUUGGUCAAUAUACCAAGGCUGAAGAAUACCUUCAAAAAGCACUAGUGAUCAGGAAAGAAAUCGGUGACAAAGAAGGAGAAGCAUCUGCUUACGGAAAUCUAGGAAUUGUGUUUCAAUCUGUUGGUCAAUAUACCAAGGCAGAAGAAUACCUUCAAAAAGCACUAAUGAUCAAACAAGAAAUCGGCGACAAAGAAGGAGAAGCAUCUGCCUACGGAAGUCUAGGAACUGUGUUUCAAUCUGUUGGUCAAUAUACCAAGGCUGAAGAAUACCUUCAAAAGGCGCUAGUGAUCAAACAAGAAAUCGGAGACAAAGCUGGUGUUGGAGCUUCAUACUUAAAUCUGGCAAAACUUUGUCCAGUAUUUCAACUUACUGCAAAGAGUCGAGAAUUUGCUAAUAAAGCACUUCAGAUAAGUUACGAAAUAGGGGACAUUGAAAUGCAGUUUAACAGCCACCUUACCAUUGCUCUGAACGAGUUAGUGGCAGGAGGAAGCAUAACUAAACUUCUGCGAAAUCUGCAUGAAAGCAUUCAGAAGUGCGAAGAAAUGCAUGAUUUUUUAAGAGUGAAAGAUCAAUUCAAAAUUUCUUUUUUUGAUAAGCAUGUGUCCCCUUACCUUCUUCUUUGUAGGUUGUUAAUUACUACAGGCAGUUAUUAUGAAGCUCUUUACGUUGCCGAGCUUGGACGAUCCAGAGCACUGACAGACGUACUUUCAGAUAAGUACUCUGUGGAAAAAGGGGUAUCAGUCAACCCACAGUCAUGGAUUGGUAUUGAGAACAUUAUGAACAAAAAUGCACUUAGUUCUUGUCUUUAUGUUUCCUGUUUCGGUGGUAAUAUGUACUUUUGGAUCCUCAAGCCAAACAAAAUUAUAGUUUUUCGACAAACGAGACUCAAAGAAAGUGCAGAUAAAGUGUUUGGAAAUAAGACAUUUGGUGGCUCUCUUGAUUUACGUCAAGACCAAUGCGAAGAUCGAUCAUUAUUUGCAUGUGUAAGUUCCCCGCUAUCACGCAAACAAUCUCCGAGUGACAGCUUCGAAUCUUUGCGUCUUAUCGAAGAAGAGGAAAACGAAAAUCACGACUUCAAGCCUUCAACCCUUGCUGAUGGUUACAACAUGAUAGUCGCUCCUGUAGCUGACUUACUCCAAGAAUCAGAAAUCAUUAUUAUACCGGAUAACCUGUUGUAUCCUAUUCCUUUUGCUGCUUUAAAGGAUGGUGAUGGAAAGUAUUUAUCGGAUACUUUCAGGAUUCGCAUUGUCCCUUCCUUGACGACUCUUAAGUUGAUUCAGCUCAGUCCAGCAGACUACCAUAGUAAAACCGGUGCACUGAUCGUAGGGGAGCCAGACGUUAGUGAUGUAUACUACCAAGGAAAAAUUCUACAGUUAAACCCACCGCCUUGGGCGAGAAAGGAAGCAGAGAUGAUUGGGCGACUGCUCAGUGUUCAACCGUUGCUUGGAAAGGAUGCAACUAAGCAGGCAGUCCUGGAAAGCAUGCAUUCAGUAAGUCUUAUUCACUUCGCUGCUCAUGGUGAUGACGAACGUGGAGAAAUAGCUCUUUCCCCUAUAAGCUCCUGCAGAACUCCACACGAAGAAGACUACUUAUUAAGGAUGGCUGAAAUUUCACAAGUUCGACUAACAGCCAAGCUGGUUGUCCUUAGCUGCUGUCAUAGUGCAAGUGGUCAGAUUAGAGCUGAGGGAGUUGUUGGAAUCGCUCGAGCAUUUCUAGCAUCGGGUGCACGCGCCGUGCUAGCGGCGCUAUGGGCUGUAGAUGACAAAGCUACCAUGUGGUUUAUGAAUUGUUUUUACGAGCACCUUGUUCGUGGUGAAAGUGCCAGUGAAUGUCUUCAUCGGGCCAUGAAGUCACUGAGAGAGACUGGCUUUUCUGACGUCAUGCAGUGGGCACCCUUUUUGCUGAUUGGAGAUAAUGUGACAUUCAAAGGUUUG